CAUUGGCCGGCUCGGCUAGUGAGCGUGCUGCACCUGCAAGUCUGCAGCCGGGUAUACUUGAGUCUCAGCAAGUAUCUCAGUGCACUAGAACAAGGCUCUCAAGCAGAGCACAAGCGGGUGCGGUGUUUGAAGUUCGGCGCACAGGAAUGAUGUCUGAUGAGGUUUUUAAAGAGAUGUCAGAACAUUAAAGUGAGAGAGACCGUUAGAGCAAAACAUAAGGAACUGUCAAAACAGAGAGAAACAGAAAGAAAUGGGAAGUAACGUUACUGUGAAGGGACGUCGGCGAUUUUUGGAGAUCAUCUUGGUUCUCGCGCUCUGUGCAACAAGCGCCAGCGGUCGAGGAGCCGUCAGUGAUACCCUUGCUGAUUCUCUGUCAUCCGUUGGUGGGACAUUACCUCACUUCCUGCAAGAGCCCGAGGAUGCUUACAUAAUCAAAAAUAAUCCAAUCAAGCUGCGCUGCCGUGCCACUCCUGCCCUGCAGAUCUUCUUCAAAUGUAAUGGGGAAUGGGUCCAUCAGAACCAACAUACCUCAAAUGAGUACAUAGACCAUAACACUGGGCUGAAAAUCCGUGAAGUGAUGAUCAAUGUUACCAGGCAGCAGGUGGAGGAUUUCCAUGGUCCAGAAGACUACUGGUGCCUGUGUGUGGCCUGGAGUCACCUAGGAACCUCAAAGAGCCGUAAGGCCACAGUGAGGAUAGCCUAUCUCCGCAAGAACUUCGAGCAGGAUCCUCAAGGGAACGAAGUGCCAAUGAAGGGCAUGAUUGUGCUGCAUUGCCGUCCCCCAGAGGGAGUGCCCAUGGCAGAGGUGGAGUGGUUGAAAAAUGAAGAAUUGGUUAGCUCCUUUGAAGAUGAUAACAUUGACACUCGUGCUGACCACAAUCUGAUCAUCAGUGAAGCCAGGCUCUCUGACUCUGGCAACUACACCUGCCUCGCCAGUAACAUUGUUGCAAAAAGACGCAGUGCUACAGCUACUGUAGUUGUGUUUGUGAAUGGUGGAUGGUCUCUGUGGACAGAGUGGUCUCCUUGCAGCGUGAACUGUGGGAGAGGAGUUCAGAAGCGAUCUCGGACCUGCACUAACCCUGCUCCUCUGAAUGGAGGAGCGUUCUGUGAGGGCAUGUCCGUGCAGAAGAUCACCUGCAAUGCACUCUGCCCAGUGGAUGGAGUCUGGGAAGAGUGGAGCGAAUGGACGAUGUGUAGUGCGCAGUGUGAGAGGCAGAGAUGGAGGGAGUGCAAUGCUCCACCGCCUCGUCACAGAGGCAAGUUGUGUGAGGGAGAAAGUCAAAGCACGGAGAACUGCACGGGAGGACUGUGUACACAAAAUGGGAAGCUGAUGCAUGAUGUUAAGCCUCAGAGUAUGGAGAACUCUAUUGAUGUAGCGCUGUACUCUGGUCUGGCUGCGGGGGUGAUCGCUGUGGUCGUCCUCAUAGUGGCCAUCACCAUCUACAGGAAGAGUCAAAGUGAGUAUGGAGUGGAUGUCAUUGACUCUUCUGCUCUUGCUGGGGGCUUCCAGUCCUUCAACUUCAAAACCACCAGACAGGGCAAUCCACUUCUGCUGAAUUCCUCAAUGCAGCCCGAUAUAACCGUCGGCCAGACGUACAGCAGCCAAAUCUGCUUUCAGGACUCCAUAGACAAAGAGCUCUUUGACCCCCUGCCAGACAAGGUCAAAGUUCAGAGCUCCUUAAUGUUUUCAGUAGGUGUGGCGGACCGGGCCGAGUACCAUGUGAAAGCCCAUCCAGAGACCCUUCCUGCUAACCUUCCUCCAAACUACAGUACAGUGGAAGGAAAGAUGAUGACUAUGAUUGUUCCUAAUGGACUUCACACACUCAGGAAGAGUCAGUUUAAGACGAGUGCAGUGUUUGGGCAUCAGGGUGGCCGAUUAGUCAUUCCAAAUGCAGGUGUAAGCUUGCUGGUACCUUACGGGGCGAUUGCUGAUGAUACCUCUUGGGAAAUGUACAUGCUCACAAAUCAAGAGGAGUCUAGUGCCCAAUCAGAGGAAAGGUGUGAAAUUCUGUUAGGGCCAGAGAUCACAUAUGGACCACCAGGGCUGAACCUGUCCUAUCCUGUUGCCAUGACGAUAGCUCAUUGUGCUGAAGUCAGCGCUGAAAACUGGAACAUUAAACUCAAGAGACAAACCAAGGACAACAAGUGGGAGGAAAUAAUGUCAGUAAAUGAUGAAUCAACCUCCUGCUAUUGCCUAAUGGAUUCGCAUAGCUGUCACUUGUUGUUGGAUCAGCCAGGCUGUUAUGCACUGGUGGGGGAACCCAUCACCGAUGCCGCUAUAAAGAGACUGAGGAUUGCUGUGUUCGGCAGUAUGGAGACCUUCUCCAUGGACUACAGCCUGCGAGUGCACUGUGUAGAUGACACACCGCAUGCCUUUCAGAGAGUGGUCACUGCUGAAACAAGUAGAGGAGGUCAGCUUCUUGAGGAGCCCAAGACGCUGUUCUUCAAUGGAAACUGCCUCAGUCUGCAGGUGUCCAUCCAGGAUAUCCCCCAGUUUCUGUGGAGCAUCAAACCCUUCACUACCUGUCAGGAAUUCUCCUUCACCCAAGUCUGGUAUAGGAACCAGCAGCCUAUGCACUGUGCCUUCUCGCUGCAGAGACAUAGUGCCUCAACCACCCAGCUCUCCUGCAAGAUCAGUGUGCGGCAGGUCAAAGGUCACGAGCAGAUCCUGCAGGUCUACACCUCAGUGGGAGAGAGUGAGAAAGAGACGGUCCCAUUUUUCACGCAGGCAGAUUGCACGGUGACUUCACAGACGGGAGCCAAAGCCUUCAAAAUCCCCCUGUCCAUACGUCAGCGGAUAUGCACCACCUUCGAUACUGCCAACGCCAAGGGCAAGGACUGGCAGCUCUUAGCUCAGAAACUCCACAUUCAAAGGAACCUGUCCUACUUUACCAAGCAGAAGAGUCCAUCUGCUGUCAUUCUCAGUCUCUGGGAGGCCAGGCAUCAGGGCACUGGAGAUCUUGACUCACUUGCAAGGGCUUUGGAGGAGAUUGGAAAGAUCCACUGUAAAAGUCUGCCUCAGAGUACAGAUGAAAAAGAAACAGACUUUACGUUUUGAGGGACUACUGAAGACUACAUGUUCUCCACCAGGUGCUGUUCCCCAGUAUCUUCAGUUUAGAGUUAAAUUGGACCCUGCAAGGCAUAUCCAGUCUGAGAGAAGACCAACCAGAUGGUUUCACGUGUCUAUACAUGUGCAAAGGAAGUAUGCGUUAGUAUGAAUUUGGCACAGAUUCAACAGCUUCAAAAUGCUUUUCUCGAAGCAAACAUCGAAGUACCAAGCCAUCACAUCUUACACAAAAUUCCGCUUUAGCCUUUCUUUGGUGUAGGGGUGGGCGAUAUAGCAAAAAUAUCAUAUCAUGAUUUUAGUUUUUUCAGAAAAGUCACGAUUCUUUAUUUUAUCUCCAAUUCUUUGUCAUGUUGGUUUUACUCUUUUGCAGGUUGUCUGAGCAGUACAGCCAAACUAAUUUCCCUUAAAAAACAAAACAAAAAAAAUAAACAAAACAAUGGCAGAUAUUUAGGCCAAAGUGGGCGACGCUAAAAAUCAUUGUCAUUAUUUUAUCUUUGUUAUUAAAAAUAGGAACAAAGAUGCACAUUACAAAUACACCUAAUAUAGAAACAAAAUAAACUGUUUUAUCUUUCAGGUACAGUAAGUGUAUUUAGCUGUAGCAAAUGAACAAAUAUAAAUAUGAGACACUAUAUACACUUCACUGUAUAA